AUGUGCGGCAUUGUAGGCGUAAUGCUGGCUGAUACAGAUAGCUUGGCUGUCCCCGAGCUUCUGGAAGGAUGCCACUAUCUACAGCACCGCGGUCAAGAUGCCGCUGGUAUUAUGACCAGUAACUCGCGUGGCCGCCUCUAUCAAUGCAAGGGUAACGGUAUGGUCCGCGAUGUAUUCCAGCCCAACCGUGUAAAGGGCCUGGUUGGUUCAAUGGGUGUCGGUCAUCUCCGUUACCCCACGGCAGGCACUUCAUCGAACUCCGAAGCCCAACCUUUCUAUGUCAACUCCCCUUAUGGUUUGGCCAUUGCCCACAACGGCAACCUCACUAACUCAGAGGAGCUGCAGAAAUAUAUGGACUAUCAAUGUCAUCGUCAUAUCAAUACCGACAGUGAUUCGGAGCUUUUGCUCAAUCUUUUCGCCAGCAAGCUCCAGGACCUGAAAAAGCGUCGUGUUAACACUGAUGACUUGGCCACUGCCCUCCAGGGUGUUUACCAGAUGGCCGAAGGUGCCUUUGCUUGUACCGCAAUGGUUGCUGGUUAUGGCCUUAUUGGUUUCCGUGAUGCUAAUGGCAUCCGUCCUUUGGUGUGGGGCUCUCGGAAAACUCAGCAUGGCACUGACUAUAUGAUGGCUAGUGAGAAUGUUGUUCUAGAAGCUCUUGGAUACACCAAUGUGACCGAUGUUUUGCCCGGUCAGGCUAUUAUUGUUGCAAAAAACAACGCCGAUCCGGUCGUUCGUCAGAUCGUUCAUCCCCGAUCUUACAGCCCUUGUAUCUUCGAGUACGUUUACUUUGCUCGUCCCGAUAGUGUUAUCGAUGGUAUUUCUGUGUACCAGAGCCGGCUGGCUAUGGGUGUGGCACUGGCUCGCAAUAUCAUCCGCCAAUUUGGCUCUCUCGAAGCAGUCAAAAGGGACAUCGAUGUUGUGAUUCCUGUCCCGGAUACUGCCAAUUCUUCCGCCUUGUCUACCUCUGCUGCUCUCAAGAUUCUUUAUCGCGAGGGCUUCGUAAAAAACCGCUAUGUUGGUCGUACUUUCAUUAUGCCCAACCAGAGCGAGCGUCGGUCCUCCGUCCGUCGCAAAUUGAACGCAAAUCCCCAUGAGUUCAAAGAUAAAAAUGUUCUUAUUGUUGACGACUCUAUUGUUCGUGGCACGACCUCGCUUGAGAUCGUCCAGAUGGCCCGUGAUGCCGGUGCUAAGAAGGUUUACUUCGCGUCUUGUGCUCCCCCCAUCCGUUUCAACCACAUCUAUGGCAUUGAUUUGGCUGAUUCUAAGGCGCUGGUCGCUUUCGGACGCACUGAUAAGGAAAUCGCUGCCGAGAUUGGCUGCGAUGGCCUGUUCUAUCAGACCGUCGAGGACAUGUGUGAGGCUGUCAACUCGGUUCCACAUGACGCUGAACUCACUGGCUUUGAGAUUGGCGUCUUCACUGGUGAAUACAUUACUGGUGUUAGUGAGGACUACUUUUCUCAUUUAGAGGAACUUCGCAGUGAUCGUCUUUCUUCAGCUGAUGUCAAAUCUGAUGUCGACAUUGGAAUUUUUAACCAUGCAGAAUAG